GGGAGUCCAGGCGCAGAGAGGCGGGGCGAGAGAAGAAGGGGAGAGAGACCCAACCUUUGUUCUCUCCCUUGCCUCGCGCACAGAUCUUCCCCCUGGGUCCCCACAGUGCUCAGUUGAAGGGGGUCCCGGGGACCGCAGCCUCCACUUCCGCUGCGCAUGGCCGGGCGGGGUCCCUGUCGCCUCCCUGCAGUUCCAGGGCCUCCCCGAAGGCGUCCGCGCGGGGCCGGUGCCCUCUGCGCUCCUGGUGACCGUCCCUGCCCACCCCCGGCUCAGCGGCAUCCCCAUCACCUGCCUCGCUCGCCACCUGAUGGCCACACGCACCUGCACUGUCACACCGGAGUCCCCCCGAGAGGUGCUGCUGCAUCCGCUGGUGGAAGAGACACAGUUGGGGGAGACAGAGGUGGCACUGGAGGCCUCUGGGUGUCCUCCACCCUCACGAGCAUCCUGGGCCCGGGAAGGGCGGCCCCUAGCCCCAGGAGGCGGGAGUCGCCUGAGGCUCAGCAAAGAUGGGAGAAAGCUCCUCAUCGGAAACUUCAGCCUGGACUGGGACCUGGGGAAUUACUCCGUGCUGUGCAGUGGGGCGCUGGGAGCUGGGGGUGACCAGAUCACCCUCAUUGGCCCCUCCAUCUCCUCAUGGAGGCUCCAGCGAGCCCGGGAUGCGGCGGUGCUAACCUGGGAUGUGGAGCGCGGGGCACUCAUCAGCAGUUUUGAGAUCCAGGCACGGUCUGAGGGGUCUAACCUGGGCAGAAUAACCAACCACAAGGACUGGGUGUCCCUGCUCAUCCUGGGGCCUCGGGAGCGGUCAGCCGUAGUGCCCCUUCCACCUCAGAAACCUGGGACCUGGACCUUUCGUAUCCUGCCCACCCUAGGAGGCCAGCUAGGGAUGCCAACGCAAAGCCGGGUCUACCAGGCCGGCCCCACCCUGGGCCCUGGGGCCAUCGCUGGCAUCGUCCUGGGCUCCCUGCUGGGCCUGGCGCUGCUGGCGACGCUGCUCCUCCUCUGCGUCUGCUGCCUGUGCCGCUUUCGGGGAAAGACCCUUGAGAAAAAGAAGCAUCCCCCCACUUUGACCCCUGUGGUCACCCCACCAGAAAAGAAGAUGCAGAGUGUAACCCCAGUGCAGACCUCCUGGCCUCUGCCCCCCAAAGCCCCGCUGGAAGACCCUAGCCCAACCAGGGCCCACCAAGCUACAGGCCCCAGUCCAGUCGUCUCUCCAGGUGGAGGCCCCAAAACUGUUCGGGCAGCUACGCAGGUGUAAUCAGAGUCAGUGGCCUGCCCUGCACAGGACAUUUUGGGGCAGAACUCUCUGUUUCACUCCAGCAGCAAGCAGGGCCUGCUGUGACUGAGGGUUGGACCCUGAAAGUGGGACUUUCUUUCUCCCUCUUUCAUCGCAAAAGAUUUUACCUGCAUUUAUGCAAUUAAGGAGAUGUGACUCCUGGGAUGGGAGAACUUCCUGCUGACCUCACAGUGCGGUUCACACAACCCACAAGGCUCUGCAGCAGACAGUCGGGGCUUGCUGUGUUCUCCCAGCUAGAGAGGGAACCUGGCCUGAAAAGGUCUCCCUACAUUCACGUUGC